AUGGUUGUGACAUUCCUGUUGUUCUUCAUGUUUUUAGGUGUCCGUGCGGUGGUAUUUGAGACACGGUUGUUGGAGCCUGAAGGAGAUGAAGUUUUUAUCACCAUCCUUUCCUACGCUGUACAGAACCAAAAGGGCACAGACACACUCAAAGCCUGGGAAGUGACCUAGCUAAAAGUAGCAGUCUUUGUCUGCUUUAGGUAUUUUAAGUUGAGCUUUUUUUAUGCCUUAAAUGUUUUCUUUUGAAAAUCAGAAUCCGAAGCAAAUUCUCAGACUGAACGACUGGACGGGGCGCAUCCCAGUGAGCGUCUCCUUGGGGACAGCUGUGCAGGUGGCUCGUGUUCGAACAGCUCUUUGCAGGGGGUAGGGGCUUGCCCAUUCCAACCCACCCACUUACUCAGAAGCAGGAACUAAAAUAAUAACAACAUAAACGUAAGCUCGUUUUAUAAAUGAGCCUGUGAAUUAAACCGGACCCUUGACCUGUGAAAGCUGCUGGAGGAGGAGGCCGCAGGGGUCCUCAGUAAAAGCCCUUCCCAUGAGGGAAAAGAGAGGAGAUAACUCACUGUCAGUCAGUCUAGUGACAAGUGUUACGUAUGUGUUUCCCACAACUUAGUACGUUUUCAGAAAGUUAUUAACUUAGGUUUCUAGAAAAGUAGUUUUCCAGUCUUCCUAGAAAUGGAUCAUAAAGCCCAUUCAGACAUGAGGUUGUCACUGUCUUCUGCCCAGUGUUUGGGUGCAAUGCGAGCAUCGCAGUCUGGCAAUCUGGAAUGGUUUUGUGGGGGACACUCCGGCUCGACAGUGGCCGGGAUGUUUAGAAACCUUGAUUCCAGCUGGGCUGACGAUGUUACGGAGCAAAGAAUGCGAUGUUCAAGUUAGAAACCCGGGUAGUGUGUAGCUUCUACCGUGACAGAAAAGAUGAUUUUUUUUUCCCACUUCUGUCAUCUUGGUCUCCCUUGCUUGGAGGGGAGAACUAGAAGGGUUUUUAGCCACCUCCAAGUUUCCAAUCACUUUCAUGUGUGUCGUCUGUGGAGUGACUCUCCCAGCCCACCGGGCUGCUGAGGAACACACCGUCAGUUCGUCCCUGUUGGUGCUUGGUGUCGACUUCUUUCGGGGGUUGUUUUAGAAUGUUAGAGGCAUUGAUCUGUGAGCUCUGGUCUUAGCCAGUUUCAGUAAGACAGGAAGUUACGUUGGCAGCCUCCUCCUCGAAGCCUGGAAAAUAUCGCUUACUGGUAGGGAAUAACGUGAUCAGGAAAUCUUCAGUCGUUCAGAUAGCAGUUCUCUUGUUUUUCAUUUUUUAUUAUAGAGAGUUUCUGACAUGCACAGUUAGAGAAAAAACAGUGCAGGGAAGACCAGGCCAGCCAGUAGCUGGCCACGGUAGGCUAGCCGUGGUGUCUGUCUGUCCCCACUGCUUUAUGCUGGGGUAUUUAAAAACACCUGAAACACCUGUCUUUCACCUCACAACAGCUCAGCACACACCUCUGACGAGAAUGACUUUUUAAACUUUGACGAAAUUGCCAUUCCCUUGGGACAUUACAGAAGCCAACGGUGUCCGGGCCCUCCUUGUCUGGCACGUCCACAGAGACGGGGUCCUGGUCUGCACUGGGAAAGCAUGCUGUGUGUCUUCCGUGAAGUGCUGGAGGAGGUGACUUCCCAGCGUGUGGCCAUUGUCCCAGGAGUGCUGUCCCAGCCUCAGGGGCAGCAAUACCCUAGCAGGGACCCCAGGACCACCGCCUGCCACCCACAGCGGGCACAGCCCCAGAGCCCGGAGCCCUGGCUCUGCUGGCUGCUCAGUGUUUUCAGCCUCACCCCCUCACUGCGGCACCACAAGGCACUGUCCUGUAAGUCCUCCUCAUGGUCUGUGUCCCACGACGAGGACUGUUUCCUGUUCUAACAAAAACGUGUACCUUCGCUGCGUGCUCAUCUGGACCUCCGACCAAGCAUGACACGGGCCGCGCCUUCUCUUCACCCCGCGGUGCCCUCUGUGUGCGUCCACCUGGAGGACACUGCCACUGCCCCGAGGGAGACUCAGCGACUGGACGCGCCUGUGCUCGGACAGCUCCUUCCUCUGACCUCUGGUGCAUACUUCGCUCAAAGAAAACUAGAGUGGAGAAAAAAACUUACUAAAUUUCUGAGGAUUUUCGCAUUCCAAAAUACCAUGGAAAUAAUUGCAUUUACUAAAUAUUUAAGGACCAAGCACAAACGUGAUGGUAAAAGUUCAUUUCUGUGUGUUCGGUGGGGAGGCCUCAAAUCACUUUAAACUGAGUCAGGAACUUUCUCAUCCAUCCAGGGUAAGUCUCCCACGUUAUCCCCUUUCCCAGGACAGUCACCACGGUGGUUUGUGCGACCACAGGUCUGUGCUGUGCCCAGGCUCACCCGCUUCCUGGGGAGAAGGGGCUCCCACGGGACCCUUGCUCCCUCACGGCCUUCGUGCCUCUGUGAGAGCUCCGCGUCCUCGGCCUCCACCGCUCCCCAGCCAGCUCUGCUCAUGGAAGCCCAUUGUCCUCACAGGUGUAGCACUCGGCCUGGCUGCUGGGCAUCUUCCCAGCCUGGCCCAUUGCACACGCCUGCUCCCGGGAGUCUCUGCCCGAGCCUCCCUCUGGUACCGACGUCGUCGAACUGGCUGCUGUCCCUACGUGUCCUCCUAGGACACAGGCGGGAAGCCAGUGCUGUGGAGGACAGGCCCUGAGAGCCAGCAGUGUCCCCGUCUCUCCAGGUACCUGGUCACCACUAGUGCUGCCUAUCCACUGCAAGACCCUGUUUUAUAAGAUCUGCAGAAGGAGCCUGUGUUUACCUCUCCUUCCUGGAGCAGCCCGUUCCCCUUUUGCAAGUCAGCCACAGUCUAUAUUGACCUGUUUUCCUUUCCUAAUAUUCUGGGGCUGGACGCUUAUAAUGCGCAGCCUGCCAUUGUGCUGUGAGGGUCUGUUUCUUAGGAAAUUCCACCUGUGCUCGCCCCCUGGGCUCGGUGCCUCUUGGAGGUAACCGUGACAGGGCGUGGCCCCUGGGUCCUCCAGCUCGGGAGGACUUGUCGCUGUGAGAACUGGGAGCUUGUCCUGGACCUCUGCUCCAAGGCCCAGGCUCGAUGAGGUGUUGCAGGGCAUGUGGGAACCCCAUGCUGAGGGGUGACAUGCGAGGGGUCCUCCAUUCUGCUCCUCACUCUGCCAGCUGCUCCCACUUGGAGCAGAAGCCAGAGUGAUAAGGAGGCCUUGGAAGCUUGGCAGCUCUGCCACCUUCCCAGGGGAACCGAGGAUGGCAGAUACUGGUUUCCUGCCCUCGUUCUAAGAUGAAGUGAUCUCACCUGCAACUCAGAUGUGCGGUCUCCUUAGGUGGUUUAUCCCUGUCUCCACCUGAUUUUCCAGACGGUCACCCUGUGGGAGCCAUGGGGAGGGUCUUGGUCACCAUGUGCGCUGUGGGGUCUCGCCACCUGUCAGAGGGUAGGGCUGAGUGCCCACCUUUCUUUUCUUCUUUAAAAAUACAUAAUUGAUUGGAAAAAGUAUUAACCAUUUUCAGUUUAUCAGAAACUUCAGUUUUAAUACUUUCCAUUGAAAUGUCUGUAAGACCUUGAAAAGGAGCCACAUUUUUUACCACUUAAAUUCUCACACCUGGCACCUUUUAUUUAAGCUUCAAAACAACCCUUUGCUGUGGUCUGAGCGGGUAUCGGAUUAGGCCCAUCUCAAAACAGGGGCCUGAGCCCAAGGCCACACCUGGGGAGUGGGCCCCAGCCCCACUGCACAGCACCGUGGGCAAGGAACUGGAAUUUCUGGCAACUGGAAUCUUUGUCUUGCAACAUUUUAUUAUAAAAAUGUUUGUUAAAAUGUUAAGAACUAUAAGCAGUUUUGAUUUUAACUGGUAGGAGUAUUUUCCACUUUUAAAAGAACUUUAGUGCUAGUCAGGAAUGGGGAAUAUGUUGAUGUCACCACUGUGAAACCAUGUUUCGAUUUUUUUUUAAACUUACAAGUUUGAUAUCGCGCUUUUUUGACCACGCCUUCAGUGUUGAAAUGGCUACCAAUUGGAAGUGCAUGAAUGAAAACGCAUGCCCGCUGGUUUUCAGAAUGUUUGUCCCAGUCUGUCCUCUGUGUUUAAAGCUGUCGGGUACCAAAGUUGUUUGCAACUUAAUGUUUCUCUUGUCAAGGCCAGGCCUGUGUUAAUGGCGGCGGCCCUCCAUCGCCAGGAGGUGGCGCUCCGCCCUGGGCGGUCGGGCUUGCCUCCCCGGCUGGGAGCAGGCGGCGUUUGUGUUUUGGCGACAUUCCUGUGCUGUGUGGCAAUAAACCAGUGACCCGGGCCAGCCCUCACCCA